GUCAGUUGCCAGUCUCCAAAAACCCAACCCCGGCCGCGCAGCGAUAUUUUAUCUCAGUCUCCAAGUUAUGACUCUAGACUGCGCCAGACAACAGAACUCGUCUCGGUGUUGCGAAUGGUUUCUGGGUACAGACUGUAUCGGGUUGCUGGACUCCCUCGCUGUCUCUGUGUGUGAGCUUUUGCUGUAAUGCGUAAAGAUCUGCAGGGAUUUAUCAGACGGAGUGAAGAACGCAACGUGGACGCACUGCUGUGACCAACAUGCAUCUGUGCAUUUCUACUGAUCUCGCACCGUAGAUGAACUGCGUGCAUGAGGACGAUUGUGCAGCUGAUUCCAGGAUUAUGAAUACUUAAACCAAAGUUUGCUCAAAUCAGUGCCCAACUUCCCUCAGAACCAACAGGUGCGCACUUGCAUUGCGCAGCAGCGGCAGGUUUGGAGACUCUGGAGAGGAUUUUUAUUCCGAUUCAUCGAGUUGAAAUUGCACUUUCUUCAGAGGGACUGAUGGUUAAGAUUAUGUGGAUUUUACUCUGCGUCCAAAUGUGUCCAAAGCAGCACUGGUGUCCUGUGACCGACGCAUGUGUGUGGUGAUCCAAACCAUCCCGUCUCCAGCGCUUUGUGAUCGCCAACCACCACUCAUCCAAAUGAUCCUUCCAUUAUUAUUCCUUCUUGCAUCGCUUCUCCAACAGUAUGGCUCGGAAGCUGAAUCAAGUCAUGCCAGCAAAUUUCACCUUCCAAGUGUAAAGGAGCAAAACGGAGUGCAAGAUUCCCAUCAGGAGAAAGUCAUAUCAGUGUCUGGAGAAGGAAUGGUCCACAGUCCAGACUUCCCACACACCUAUCCCAGGAAUACCAUGUUAGUGUGGAGACUAGUGGCAACCAGCAACAUGAGGAUCCAGCUCACCUUCGAUGAGAGAUUUGGUCUGGAGGACCCAGAAGAUGGAAUAUGCAAGUACGACUUUGUGGAAAUAGAGGAUCCAACUGAGAAGACUCUCCUGGGUCGCUGGUGUGGGUCACAGUCGGUACCAGCCAGCCACAUUUCCAAAGGCAGCCAGAUCAGUAUCCGCUUCAUCUCGGAUGAGUAUUUUCCCUCUGAGCCAGGAUUCUGCAUCCGCUACUCCCUCCUGCCUGUGACUGUGUCGGAGCCUGAAGUCCCUGCAGUCCUGCCUCCAUCCCUGCAGGGUAUUGAGGAGCUGUCAGAGGCUGUGGCAGGGCUGAGCACUGUGGAGGAGGUCAUGAAGUACCUGGAGCCAGAGCGAUGGCAGCUGGACAUGGAGGAGUUGUACAAGCCCACAUGGCACGUGUUGGGGAAAUCCUUCAUCCACAAUAAGAAGGCCAAAGGAGGAACUGAUCUCAAUCUGCUGAGGGAAGAGGUUCGACUGUACAGCUGCACUCCCCGCAACUUCUCUGUAUCCUUGCGUGAGGAGCUGAAAAGGACAGAUGCCAUUUUCUGGCCCAGUUGCCUCCUGGUGAAGCGCUGUGGUGGAAACUGUGCCUGCUGCUCUCACCGCUGCUACGACUGCCAGUGCGUUCCUGCCCGGGUCACAAAGAAAUACCAUGAGGUUCUCCUGCUGAAACAUCGAAGCGGUGGAAGAGGCCUGCAGAAGUCCAUGACUGACGUGGCCUUGGAGCACCACGAAGAGUGUGCCUGUGUAUGUAAAGAUGACUGGGACUGAACUCAGACAUGUGUAAUAGCUGCCAGUGGAAGCAAACAGGACACCAAAAAUGAACCUCUGUUGAGCCACUGUUCUGUAUCUCAUCCACUUCCACCGGGAGCUAACAAGAUUCUCCCUUUAUCCUGUUGUCCUUUCACUAAUUGGAUGAAGCAGAACAGACUGGAAUCUAAUAAAUCUUCUGAAUGGAUUUGACUGCUGUGGAAUACCAAUAGAGUGCUCUGCGUGCAUUUUAGAGAGACAAAAAUUCACUGGGGCAGAUCUGGACUAUUACCUAUGUGCUCUGAAGACUAUUUUCUUCAGCUUUUCGAAGAUAAGAACACUGAGGCAUUUUUGUCUCCUUCCUGAGGUCUUUCUUAAAGUUCAGUUGGUGUGGGCUGAUAGUGUCAUGGAAAAUGGGAGCUUCUUUGUUCAAGUACUUUUUUAUGUCUAAAAGUGAGCUGGCUCCAGCUGCCUUACUCCCUCGGCUCCUCUAUUAUUACCAUCAAGGCAAAGAAAGGUGCCUUUUAAGAGCAGUUUUUCCUUCGCUCCUCUCUUGUUUUACCACAGAUUUAAUCUGAGGCAAAAUGCAGCCACAAUAUAGCUGAAAUGCAUCACUAAUGAGACUGCAUUAUGUGUAAAUAUUUCAUUUAUCUUUCCUUUCUGUGCUAUUGUGCCUUUUCUACCAAAGAUUCUCAAGGAGAAGAUAAAAAUUGCACAUGUAGAAUCAGCAUCAUUUGCUAAAAGUCUUCAUUUGUUCCAUCUCGGCAAUAAUAAAUUUGCUUGCUUCAGGAAUGCUUAGUUACAAGCAAUUUUUGCAGCAUUUGAGAUUGUUCAUAUUAAAUAUUUAUUUGUUUAAUGAAAGGGAAUUUAGGUCCAAGAUGCCUUGUUUGCUACAUUUGUUGCUGUACAGUAGUAUUAGCCUGCAUUUUCAUUGUUAGUCAUUUUUACAUUGCAAUUUUGUCAUGGAUGUUUUUCAUUUUCUGUAUGCCAAAGUUAUUUAUCUCUACUUUUGCAACAACUGUUUGUGUAUUUCAUAGUACUGAACAUCAAAAAUAAAUUUUUCCAUUUCUAA